CUCCCGCACCGUAGUCAUCAUGAAUGACACAGUAACCAUCUGGACCAGGAAGUUCAUGACAAACCGCCUGCUUCAGAGGAAACAGAUGGUCAUUGAUGUCCUUCAUCCUGAGAAGGCAACAAUACCAAAGACAGAAAUUCGGGAAAAGCUGGCCAAAAUGUACAAAACCACACCAGAUGUCAUCUUUGUAUUUGGAUUCAGAACCUACUUCGGUGGUGGCAAGACAACUGGCUUUGGCAUGAUCUAUGAUUCUUUAGAUUAUGCAAAGAAGAAUGAGCCUAAACACAGACUCGCAAAACAUGGCCUUUAUGAGAAGAAAAAGACCUCCCGAAAACAGCAAAAGGAACGCAAGAACAAAAUGAAGAAGGUCAGGGGCACUGAGAAGGCCAAUGUUGGGGCUGGUAAAAAGUGA